GCCAGCACUAGCUGUGCGCAACUUGUCCUCGGUACCACUGAAAUCCACAGCAGGGUUGUUAUCAGCUUUCUAACCGCUGCUCUUAGGAGCGAGAAGUGCGAAUGCCGGGAAAAUCGGAACGGCCCCAAAAGUUGCGUCUCUUGACCCGCCGAUACGAUUACCAGCAUGCUCCAUCCCGGAUCGCAGCCGCAACAUUGCCCGCGCCCUGAAGGGGCCCAAGAAAACAUGCAGCUCUUAGAUCCUGGGGUCAGCUCAGCUGUGCUUCCUGGGCACAAGCAAGCGGUUUCUCCGCUUGAGAUGCUCAUCCGGCGCAGUAAUAAAGUGUCUCAGGAUGCACCGCUCAUCGCCGACGACCGAUGGUACCCUGCUGAAACAGAUGAGCCUCAAUCGGAUGGCUUUGGAGGAUACUUACCGAGGCAGGAUACUCAAAUCGACCAAGCCGGCGGAUCACAGGGGCAGUCGGGCGGUAUGCCGAUGAUGCGUGGGAAAGGCAGCGGCAGCAACGGCAGCAGCGGCAGCAUUAGCUAUAUACAAGGCGGGAGCUAUGAAUCCUCCACCUCGCUAUCCUCACGGAAAGGCCAGAGAAAUAGCAAUGGGAACGCGACGCCGUCUACCCCUCUUUCGCAAAACACUUAUGAACCUUCAUCUUGGCAAACGCAGGAGCGGCUGGCCCCUCAACCGGGCGACGGCGACGGUGACAGCGAUAUCUUUAUUGUUCCUAACGCAUUUCGGUCCUCUGUUGCCUCCGACAUUUCCUACAACAGCAUCACGGUAGAUGAGGAGAAACGAAAACUUCACAAGAGCUUCGACUGGGAUGCUGUUCGGCAAGAUCAGCAGCUUCAACGGACCCCGGGUGAGCAGACCGGGCGGGGAAGGAUGGAAAGACGAAACUCCAGUGACACGGUUUGCAGCAGCGAAUUUGGCGAGCAGAGUCGAUGGGGGCAUCUGUGGGCUGGCAAACCUCAUGAUGAAGGGAGCACAUUUUUGAUGUCACGCGAUUCAGAGCUGGAGCAAGAGGCGAUGGAUCUCAAAAACUGGCACGUCGAUAUAGGCGGUGGGGAAGGUGUGGGACAUCAGACGUUGCAAGGACUAGACGCGCUGCGAGAACUAGCACGAGGAAUCCCUGUCGCAACUUUCUCAGCAUGUGGCGGAGUGUACAGCCACUCUGCUCACAUUGCACAGCGCAAGCAAGCCUAUCCUGUUGGUCCAGACGGGACCGGCGUGCAUCGCCCUCUCGAGGGUCAACGCGCUCAACUGGUCAAUAGUAGGCAAACGGGCGAACACUCUGGCAAAGAUAGGUCGCAGGUGGUUAGCUUUUCCGGAAGCAUCCAUGAAGUUGUUCCCGUUAAUGGGCCUAAUGACGUGGAUGAACGGGAACAGCAUUGCCUGUUUGCAGCGACGCUGCGCAGCGAGCAUAGCAGCAGUCAAGAGCGGAGUCGAGAUCGUGAUAGCGUGUUGACAAUACGCGGUUCAGCAAGCAGCGAAGUACCGCUGAGCCUCAAUAUCUGGCCACCGACGCCGGAGGGCUCCAUCAAUGGGUCGCAGCGGCAAUGGCAGCACAAUGGCCGCGCUGCUGUGCGACACUCUCCUACGCGCGAUGCCCAAGCGGAAAUUGUAGAUGAGGAGGCAGCCAGUCUCUACAAGGUCGAAUCGUUUGCUAUGAAUAGGGACCAGCAGCGAAACAGCCAUCGAGAAAGUGCGGUCAGUCUUACUACCGAUGGGAGCGGAAGCAGUGGUGGAAGCAGUGGCAAGGCCAAUACCUGUAGUAGCGGCGAUGACGAUUUCAGGACGCCGUUGCAGGGGCCAACGAGUAUCAUCUCGAGCUUACCCGUUUCCGGUUCUAUGGCAAGCCCAGCUCAAAUCAAUGGCGUCUCAACCUUCCCGUCAGCUCGGCCAUUACAACAGCAUCCGUUCAACGGGCCGGUUGGAGUUGCACAGGCCCUUCAAAAUCCGCUUCACACCCCCCUUGUUGGACCUGGUGCUGCAUCGCAUAACCAAUUGGACGUGCAUGGGCGGUUGGACACUGGGCAUCAUGGGCGUCAUGCUGCUCCGCAUGCGCUUCCGGAUUUGUGCUCAAAUCCGAAUCUUCCGCCUGGCAUCCUACCCGGCAGCCGCAGAGCCAAAGCCAUUGCCGAUCAUGAUGGGAGGGAAAGUAUGGUAUCUGACCUAGACGUGGAGACGUUGCGCUUGGAUGGCAGUGGAAGCAGCCGACGGGACAGCUUCAGCACGAUCCGGAGCGCUAUGACUGUCGGCACCAUCAACUACGACUCUGAGAGACAGGCUAUCGCGGACGCAUACGUCCUUGUUGAUGGCCAGAGGAACGGCAUCACUGCGGCUCAGUCUUUGCAACAAGAAUGGGUGCUGGAGCAGCAACGCUCGUUACACCAACAGCAAUUCCAGAAUGGCCGCUCUCCAUAUCGGCUGCAUUCGGCAGCCAGCACUUCCACACCUUCGUUCGCGACCGACAGCUCUACAGUCAAGUCUUCUCAAAGCUCCAUGUUACGAGACCCCGACGCGCUUGCUAAGCGAUCGCAGCUUGGCGCGGACACCAAGACGGGGCCAGCAGUGGCAGAAGAGUACCUGAGCCAAGGUAUCACGUACCAUGAGCAAGGCGACAUGUCGCGCUCAGCUUUCUACUUCGAGCGUUCAGCGAAGGCCGAAGGCGGCUGUGUCGUCGGCAUGUGCAUGUGGGGCAUGGCUCUUCGCGAGGGCUGGGGAGCGCGAAAGGACCCGAGGAAAGGGUUCGAGUGGAUCCAAAUGGCUGCAGCUCGUGCUGGCAAGAUGAGCAACAACCCGACGCGCUCGGAAGGCGAAUUGAAGGCCAUUAAAUCCGAGCUGAAGCUGUCGGUCUACGAGUUAGGCAAGUGCUAUUGUUACGGAUGGGGAACAAAGAUGGACAAACAAACAGCACUGGAAUAUUUCGAGCUUGCUGCCAAGCUUGGUGACGUGGAUGCUCAAGCUGAGGCCGGUGCGCUAUACACGGCUGGAAAAGGAUGCAAAAAGGACCUGAAGAAAGCGGCGAUGUACUACCGUUUGGCUGAGAAACAAGGUUACGACACCGUUGGCUUGUCCUGGAUCUGGAAAGACAAAUACAACGCAUAAAGGCGAUGCCAAAUGUCGAAUCUACACUCGUAACGAUAGAUCUUUGUACCAUCUUAACGAUGCAUAUCAUAUCCCCAGCAAAAGGUCACCACCUAUGCAGAGC